AACUUCAAUAUAAACCCUAGAACAUGUUCGAGGUGAAAAGACCAAAAGGUCCCUAUCCCUCAGGCCUUAAUCAAACCUCUUGAAACAAUUGACAAUAGUCUCAGUCUGUUAACACACUCCCUGCUCUGUUCUUGUUAAGUAAAUGGUCACUCAUUUUAACACCUUUAACGUGACUGAAGCCUUUGAAAUCAUACUUAACAAAUGCAAAACACUCAACCAUGUUAAACAACUUCAAUCAUCUCUUAUAACUCUUGGUCAUUCUCAAUCUCAAUUCUUCUCCUUCAAACUCCUUCGUUUCUGCACUCUUAAUCUUUCUAACCUAAUUUACGCGCGUUUAAUCUUUGAUCAUGUUAAUUUCCCCAAUGUUUACCUUUAUAGCGCAAUUAUCAAUGCAUAUGCUUCGAAUUCUCAUCAUUUUGAAGCUCUUACGUUGUAUAAGAACAUGGUUAACAAUGGCCGACCUCGGCCUAACCAUUUUAUUUACCCCCAUGUUCUGAAAUCAAGUUAUGAAGUUUUUGAUUGUUUUGGUAUGAAAAUGGUGCAUACCCAGAUUGUAAAAACAGGGUUUGGAUCAAACCCAAUUGUUCAAACUGCUCUUGUGGACUUGUAUAUGAGGUUUUGUUCUGAUGUUGGGAAUGCACGUAGGCUGUUCGACGAAAUGUGUGAGAGAAAUGUUGUUUCUUGGACAGUUAUGAUAUCUGGGUAUGCUAGAUUGGGGGAAAUGGGGAAUGCGGUUUUAUUGUUUGAUGAAAUGCCUGAGAGGGAUGUUCCUUCUUGGAAUGCCAUUAUUGCUGGUUGCACACAGAAUGGGUUGUUUUCGGAGGCGAUUUUGUACCUUAGAAGAAUGUUAGCCUCAUGUGGGCGGCAGGUUGGGCCUAAUGAAGUUACUUUGGCUUGUGCUCUUUCUGCUUGUGGACAAACGGGUAUGCUUCAGCUUGGGAAGGAAAUCCAUGGCUACAUUUAUAGAAAGGGCAUUGGUCGUGAUUCAUACAUUGCGAAUGCGUUGAUUGAUAUGUAUGGAAAAUGUGGUUGCUUGAAGGAAGCCAGGCGAGUUUUUAACAUCACUCCUGAUAAAAGUUUGACAUGUUGGAAUUCCAUGAUUAAUUGUUAUGCACUUCAUGGGCAAAGUAGAAGUGCACUAGAUGUUUUUGAGAAUAUGAUGCAAAAUGGGAAUGAUGUGAGACCUGAUGAAAUUACUUUUAUUGGUCUAUUGAAUGCUUGUACUCAUGGUGGCUUGGUUGAGAGAGGAUAUUACUAUUUUGACUUAAUGACCGAAGUCUAUGGUAUUGAGCCUGAAAUUGAGCACUAUGGGUGCAUACUAGACCUUCUUGGUCGGGCAGGCAGGUUCGAAGAAGUUAUGGAUAUUAUCAGUGGCAUGAAGGUUAAAGCUGAUGAGGUUAUAUGGGGUUCUUUGCUUAAUGGGUGUAAAAUUCACGGCAAUGCAGAUUUGGCGGAGUUUGCCAUUCAAAAGUUGAUUGAGAUAGAUCCGAGUAAUGGUGGCUACAUUUCAAUGUUAGCCAAUUUAUAUGUGGAAUUGGCUAAGUGGGACGAGGUCCGUGGAGUGAGGAGGAUGUUGAAGGCGCAGAAUGCACAAAAGAUCCCUGGUUGUAGCUGGAUCGAGGUUGACUGUAGAGUCCACCAGUUCCAUUCUGCUGAUGACACACAUCCCAGAGCAGAAGAGAUGUACAAUAUGCUGGGAAGUCUUUUUGAUUAUAUUAGUCAAGGAUUACUAGAUCAUGCUUGUGAUGGAAAUAUUAAUUUGACAUAGUAAUGCUGUUGAAUACAAAAUUGCAACUCAGAAUCUGAGGCUCUUUUUUGAUAA